GCCCCGUUGCUAGGGCCGCGGCGUUGCUAGGGCCGCGGCAGAGCCGGGUGGCGGCCGCCUUCUCCCCCGGAUCAGGCCGGGCCGGGCCGGGGCCAUGGUGAAGCUGGGUGCCAAGUGCCUGCUGGCAGGUGAUCCAGCCGUGGGGAAGAGUGCUUUAGCCCACAUGUUCCGCAGUGAUGGGGCUCAUUUUCAGAAGAACUACACACUGACAACGGGCAUUGAACUGUUGGUGAAGGCUGUAUCAGUUCCAGAGACAAGUGAUAGUGUGGAAUUCUUCAUUUUUGACUCUGCAGGAAAAGAUCUAUUUUCUGAGAUGCUGGAGAAACUGUGGGAGCAACCAAACGUCCUGUGCCUUGUGUAUGAUGUCACUAAUGAGCAAUCUUUCAACAACUGUGCCAAGUGGCUGGAGAAGCUGAGGGCACAAGCAGUUGGAAUGCACAUCCCAGGUGUCUUAGUGGGGAAUAAAACAGAUCUGGUUGGUCGUCGAGUUGUGGAGCAGAAACAAGCACAGGAGUGGGCUGAGAAGCAUGGCCUGGAAUACUGUGAGAUGUCAGUGAAAGAGAUGAGAAAUUUUGAGGCCCCUUUCCACAUCCUGGCAAAGUCAUUCCACCAACUGUACAAAGAGAAAGUGGAAAUCUUUCGCUCACUAGCUUGAGGGCCGUGACUGGGAAUGACUUCAUUAGCUUUGGAGCUUCUUCUGGGGCCCAGAAUCCUGUGGACUGGGACACAGAGAGAAGAAAAAAGAUGAUUGCUCCCUCAUGGUUAUCUUCUGGAGGCUGCUGUACACACAAACCUCAGCACAGCAUGGAAAGAGGAAGAGAGUCAAAACAGUUCUCAUCCCAGCAAUUCAUCAUGGCAGAAAAUUCAUCCUGGGAAUCCCAGUCUUUUCCCACUAUCUCUUUCAAGUAAAGAAGGAAGCCUUUCCCUUUUUGAAGAAUUCAACCCACAGGGCACAUGAAAUGACACUGCUUUUUCCAACCAUCCUCAAGGAGCAAACAUUUCAAAGGCUGCCAUUCAAUGGAAGAAAAGGUUGUGUGAGACAAAGGAGCCUUGCGCUGAAGGCACAGGAGUUUUAACUUCAAGACUCAAUCUGCAACAGAUUUCUUGGACAACCAUUGGUACCCAAUUCAUUUAUGAGAGUACCCAGAUCUCACUAAAAUCAGUGGAUAGACUUCGGUGGGCUUUGGGAUUUUGUUUCAGUGCCUCCACAAACUGAUGGAAGUGUUGCAUUAUGAGUGUAUAAGACUAAAUGAUUUUUAUUUUUAUUUUUUGCAAAAGAUUUAGUUUAGAAGAGUAUAUAGGUCAGAAACUGAAGGAGUUACGUAUUGCAGCCUUAUACCUUCAUACUUACUCCCUGUUAGAGUUCCACUUAUAUAUAAUGCAGGAGUUUUUCAUGCACUUUCAGGGUGGCACCAGCACUGCUUUUGCACAGAGUCCUCCUCAAUGUAAUCGUUAGAUCUCCUUACCAUGUAUCUGCCUUCUUCCUUCUUCCUUUCUGGUCACAGUGUUAUGCUAGAGAUGAAUUUCCUAUAGUAUUUGAAUAUUUGAUAUUUACAUUGUCUUUUAUGUUGAUUCUCAUGUUAAAAUACAUCAAGAUAAGGAGAGAUGACUACUGGGAUGUUUGUUUUUUUCCAUCUGUGUUUCUGUCUCUAUCAUCUCUACCUGUGAUUUUCUGGAAAAAAAUACAUAAAUCAUUUUCUUUCUUCGGUUUACUAGUUUGCUAAUUUGGUCUGAGAAAACCACCAGCAUCCAGAUAUGAUGUGAAUAAUGUUUCUUAUGAACUUUUGGUCCCUCAGCUAUGGACGCCAGUGAUGACUGCUCUUCUCUCUCUCUCUCUCUCUCACACACACACUGCUUGCUUAACUAUACAGAUAUAUGGAUUUUUCAACCUUCUCCAGUGAAAUUUCUUUAAUAUUAAUUCUUUUUCUGGAUCAUAUCUCACUUCCAUCUUUUCUGCUCCAUUGGCUUUCAGUUCUAUAAUCAUCACCCUAACCCCAAUUUAUUUUUCCUAACAUCUUCUCUGCUGGUGUGUCUGUCUAUUAACACCUCUGCUCUGCCUGCAGAACAGCUGCAUCAACUCCAUCUCUUUUACAUCUCAUUACAGCAGCUCCUUCUGGGAUGGCCUGCCCAGUAUGAAGAUUCCUAGACACCAGAUCACUGUCUGAUUUUUCUCCUACGACCUGAAAAGCUCCACUGCAGCACUCAAUGCACAAAUUCUCUAUUCAGUUCCAUUACCAUCCCAUGGAGCUGCAUCCGACUUCAUGCCCUUCAUCUCUCUUCCUGCAUCUUUCUCGUGCCCCUUUCUUUCCUACAGCACUGCCCCUUCUCUCCACAAAUAGCAGCACUCUUGGUUUGCCAUUGGAAGCAGACUUCCUGCGGCUCCCUGUCUCAUCAGCUUCUCAUUUCAAGUAAUUUAAAAUGUAAUUUAAAAUCUCUCUAUUUCCUCCAGACUAUUAAUUUCUCUCCCCUUACUCUUCUAUAGAAGUCAUUCUGUUUUGCACUAUUCAGUAAGAUGCGACUGUUGUAAAAAUCUGCCACAGUGUUUUCAGCCUGUAUUCUCAUUUUGUAUUAUCAUUUUUAAUGAUUCUUUGUAGGAAAGAUGAAAUCUCAGCACAGCAUCUAGCCACAGCACAAGCAGUCGCACAGGACAUUCUGGCAUUUGCAUUGCCUUUGUUCCAUUCUUCUCCUGUGGCAUUUAGAACUGUAGAGGGAUUAUUGUGAAUGGCCUAAGAGCAUAUAAGUAGGAUAUCAGGAAGAGAAUUAUUUCUGGAAUUUGGUAAUUGUAAGGCAGGAAGCCCCCUUUAGUCUUGAUCUUGAGACAUACUGAACCAUCAUAGGUCCCACUCCUCUUAGCCAGAGAUUAAAGAACUCAGUACUCUGCAGGCCUGGCCUUUUUGUACUGACAGUUUCUCUGGGGAAAACGUGCCCCUGCCCUGUUGCUGUAGCCAUUUGAAGUCAAACUUGUCAAAUCUGUAGAAAUACAUAAUAAAGGCAACAGUCACA